GACUGGGAUCAACAGGUCAGGGAAAUGCCAGAAACCAAAAAGCUAAGACAUUUUCUAAGACUGUUGAAGUUAUCCUGUAAACGUUUCCUUUUUAAAAGCUUGGAAAAGACUCAGCGAAAAGUAGUAUUGCAAGUCUCAUGGUAAUUGAGAGUAGUAAUUUCAAGAGUGAUUUACAGAGAAUAACAACAGCAAUAAAAAUGUUUAAUUUUCCUUUCAAAGAAGUACAACUUCCUCUACCUCUACACAUGGAAGGGCUGAACAGAGAAGAGGAAAAAGCAGGUGGGCAAAAUGUUACACAACAGUGAUUUUGAAUUAUGAGUCAACAUGGCUUCUAUGCCAGCAUUAAACACAAGGCUAAUCAGCUAGGAAUUCAGGAUAAAGAACCAUGAGAGUAACUGGAAAUUGUCUUUAUUGCCGAAAGAAAUGUUUACUUAAGGGAAUUACUGGAUCAGUAAUCAUUGAUUCGAAUACUCAAAGCAACGGUGGCUAAUUACUAGCGAGACACGGGCACUGUGAAAGAGAGAACUGUCGACCUGUAAUUGACAUUUGUCGUAUAAAUUCUAAGCUGUUUGAUUUAAAAUGCACUCAUGCGCACCCGCGGCACUAGAAAACCAGGGAGUUAAAGUCAAAGCAAAUACAGGAUUUCAGUACAGCGCACAAGACGGGAACAAAAGAGGUGGUGAAAGGAAGACACCCACCUUUGGUUUCUCACAUAAAGAGCUCAUUAAUCAAAACAGUGAAUCAACGGUUGAAGUUCCAGUGUGUGAAAGGCAAAUGGUACAGUUUAAUACCCGGGGGCACGGAGGUGCUUUUUAAAAAUUAGCUUUCGCCUCUUCUUCAACCCAGAUCUUUGUGCCUUCGUAUUACCGAUAAAAGUUGGCGGUUACACGACAAAACGCCGCCAGGUAUUUCGCCAGGUCUUCCACCUUUCAACCACCAGACACACCUGACCGCCUCAGAGGGCCGAGCGGGGGCGGGUAAGGACGAAGCCUAGGGCCGGAGGGUCGGGAAGGAGUCAGCCCCGCCGGAGGGAAGCGGAAGGUGAGGAGUGGGAGGAGGAGGACGCUGCCCCCUAGGGGAGCCGAGUCACAGGCUGGGGGCCGGGACGGGAGGGGCUGGAGGAGGCGGCCGGUAGCGAGGCCAAGCCGUCGGGCGGGGCGGUCCCUCCAGCUGGCUCGGACCCUGGCGGGGCGGGCUGUGGGCCGAGCGGAGCCCAGGCGCCAGCCCGUGGCUGAGGAGAAAGGUGGCGGUGGCUGUGGCGCGGACGGGACGGGGCGGCGGCUUCUCGCCCUGACCCUCUGCUCCCCUGCCCAGGCCCGGGCGCGAAUCGGAGGCGGCGGCGAAGGAAGGAGUGAGCAUGGCUGAGACCCCGCCGCCGCCCACCGCAGGUGCCGAAAGUUGCAGCGAGGAGCCGGCGAGGGGCGGGGAGUGGCGGCCCGAGGAGCUGCGCCGCGCUCCCGCCGGGGGCACGGACCGAGAGGGCGAGGUGGGGCCACCGCCGGCCUCCCCCGCCGGGCAGUCGGAGCCCGAUUCGCCGGUGGCCGCCCCCUUCUUCCUGCUCUACCCCGGCGAUGGAGGCGCCGGCUUCGGAGUGCGCCCGCCGCCGCAGCAGCAGCGCUCCUGGAGGACCCCGCCGUCCCCCGGCUCCCCGCUGCCCUUCCUGCUGCUGAGCUACCCGAGCGGCAGCGGCGGCGGCGGCAGCGGCAAGCACCAUCCUAAUUAUCUCAUGGCUAACGAACGCAUGAACCUCAUGAACAUGGCCAAGUUUUUUUUUUUUUUUUUUAUUGAAUCAGCUCUGAACCUGGGGAGGACUCUUGACUUUUUUUUUUUUUUUUUUUAGCAAUUCUUUGUGGUGAUGGAACACUGUCUGAAACAUUUUUUCUUAGCUAAUUUUUUUUUUUUUUUUUUAAAUAAGUCUUUCUGGGGACCUCUAGAACUGGUAGAAAAGCUUGUUCCAGAAGCCGCAGAGAUAACAGCAAGUGUUAAAGAUCUUCCAGGACUUAGGACACCAGUAGGUAGAGUUUUUUUUUUUUUUUUUUUGGCAUUAAUGCAAAAGAAACUUUCAGAAUAUAUGAAUUUUUUUUUUUUUUUUUUAGAACUUCUCAGUGAAUUCUAUGAACCCAAUGCCCUCAUGAUGGAAGAAGAAGGAGCCAUAAUUGCUGGUCUGUUGGUGGGUCUGAAUGUCAUUGAUGCCAAUUUCUGUAUGAAAGGAGAAGACUUGGACUCUCAGGUUGGAGUUAUAGAUUUUUCAAUGUAUCUCAAGGAUGGGAACAGCAGUAAAGGUACUGAAGGAGACGGUCAGAUUACUGCAAUUCUGGACCAGAAGAACUAUGUAGAAGAACUGAACAGACAUUUAAAUGCUACUGUAAACAACCUUCAGGCAGUAGAUGCAUUAGAAAAUCAAAAUAAACUGACAGAGGAGCUUGCAGUUGCAAACAACAGGAUCAUUACCUUACAAGAAGAAAUGGAACGAGUUAAAGAGGAAAGUUCCUACAUACUGGAAUCCAAUCGGAAGGGUCCCAAGCAAGACAGAACUGCAGAAGGGCAAGCACUAAGUGAAGCAAGAAAGCAUUUAAAAGAAGAGACACAAUUACGAUUGGAUGUUGAAAAAGAGCUGGAGAUGCAGAUCAGCAUGAGGCAGGAGAUGGAAUUGGCUAUGAAGAUGCUGGAGAAGGAUGUCUGUGAGAAGCAGGAUGCCCUGGUAUCUCUUCGGCAGCAGCUGGAUGACCUCAGAGCUCUCAAGCACGAACUUGCCUUUAAGUUGCAGAGUUCAGACUUAGGAGUAAAACAGAAAAGUGAACUAAACAGUCGCUUGGAAGAGAAGACUAAUCAGAUGGCUGCUACCAUUAAACAACUUGAACAAAGAUUGCGCCAGGCUGAGCGAAGCCGCCAGUCUGCUGAGUUGGACAACCGGCUCUUCAAACAGGACUUUGGAGACAAGAUCAACAGUCUGCAGCUGGAAGUCGAGGAGCUCACCAGGCAGCGGAACCAGCUUGAGUUAGAACUAAAACAGGAAAAAGAAAGAAGAUUACAAAACGACAGGAGCAUCCCAGGAAGGGGUUCCCAGAAGCCAGAAUCCAAGAUGGAUGGGAAGCACAACAUGCAAGAGGAAAAUGUUAAACUAAAAAAGCCCCUGGAAGAAAGCCACAGGCUGCAACCCCACCCUACGGAUGAACAGAAUGUGUGUAAGAACUGCAGAGGAACCUUCUGUGAUGCCUGUUCAACAAAUGAACUGCCUCUUCCUUCAAGUAUCAAGCCUGAGCGAGUUUGCAAUCCCUGUCACAAGCAUCUGAUGAAGCAAUAUUCCACCAGCCCAUCAUAAGACUGAAGGCCAAGACCUGGACCAAAACGUUUAUGCAGGCUCUUCUGUACCGGUGUUUUAGCUGUCAGGAUCUCAUAGAGCCCAGUUCUUAGAGUCAACUAAAGAGUUGAUAGGAAUUAACUAGGUCCAGGGAGAAAAGGCAGUGGUUGGGGUUACUGGAAAUUUUGCUCAUUUUCCCUAAUGACUGUAUGAAUAAACGUGAACUCACUUGAGCCUUUCUCUUCUAAAUCUAAACAACCUGACAUUGAGGGUUUGCUUUAUAGCAUAUCUUUGGAAGGGCAACUCAUUUUUAUGAUUAGUGAUACUGGGGUGGAUGUAACAGGAGAGAGUCCAGGCAGAUAAGAAUAAAAAGGAAAAUGAUCAUCUCCUUCUGUUGCAUUUGCAGAUUCAAGGGGGAGAGACAGAUGCUGAGAUCAAAAUGACAGAUGUUACUUAUUUUUCCAGGUGCUGUUAGCAUAAACAUUGUUUCCUCUUCACCCCUACUAACUACCUCUUUAAAGUAUUUCUACCAAACUGUGAACCCAAUCUCAGGGAAAAGAAAUUAAAAAGUAAUAUAAAUUCUGAAUGUACUGAAAACAAUAUUGUAAUAUAUUAUAAUUUCAGGACUAGAAUUUUCUGGUCUUUACCUACAAGGGUUUUCAUUAUCAAAAAAAAGAAUAUUUGUUUUUCUACUUAAUGACUUCAAAGUAAAUAACUGCCCUUUUCAGAAUCUCCUUCCACAAAAUAAGCCAACUCUUCCCAGUUCCCGCCAUCUUCCUCUCCAAGUCAUAAUGGGAAUUGUAAGGAGUUUUCAAAAUAGGGUUUGGCUUUUGCAAAUAGAAGAUAUUGAUUAAAGCAAAGUCAAAUAUA